AAAUUAAUUUAACGACUUUGUUACGAAGAGUAUUAAUCACUCAUUGCCGUAUCGUAGACACAAGCGCGCGAUUUUCAUAGUUAUUUAUAAGUAUCCGGGUUACUCAUGAAUAUCCUGGUGUUCUCUCAUCUCUGAACACGGAAAACAGCGUUGUGUACUGCUGUUAAACACUGCCUAUCGUCUUGGUACAGUAAGAAACAACAGGAUGGCAACGUUGACCAUUACCGAGAGAGGGAAUCCUGGCCGUCCGACUGCAGUCACUCUCGUUCGCAUUCAGGAGUUCCUUCGUACUCCAUUUCCGGGCUUUGCUGUGGAACGUGUUAGCCUGCGAUCAUUUCAAAUCAAUGUUGACAGAGAGCAGGCGAUCAUUGUCACAGAUUCUAACAACUACAUAACACAACUUGACUCUAUUAGACUGUCAUUUCAGGGCAGACAGAGUCCGUCGUUUGAGGUCAAGUCUGUCACAGAACUCGACCAGCUAUGCGCGUCUCUACUAACCAAACCCAUCUACAUGCUGGCAAGAUGCAAAGUCCAAGUCGGCGAGCACUACGAGUGGAACACACGCGUACGCCAGUACAUCGCCACAGACUUCAUCGUCAGGCUGGAGACAAGCUGCGAAGAAGUGCGCACACAACUCUUAAGUCUAUUUGCCAAUGCUCACGAAUCCUUCGUGAGGGGAAAGAAAUUCUACACAAAGAUUGAUAUCAAUCAUGUUAUUUGUCAGUGGUUCCAACGUUCUGCGGCUCGUCGGGUGUUUGCUGGUACAUGCAGUUGUACUAACGCGGAGUUCUCGUUUCAUAACUCGUCAGAGCCGUGUUGUAAUGGUGUGAUGUCGUGCAACGGUGAUCCGACCGUGUGUGUCUGCACGUCGUUACUCUGUUUUCCGCUUGCGAUAUUUACCUGCAUCCCGUACUGUUUGUAUAGGAAGUGUCGUUAUGAUGAUAAGACGCAUCGUUUGACCGGUGAGGUAAAAAUUGGUGUCAACGUGGAGAUAUCAGCAAGCGACCUGAUGGACAUCGUGGCUCGAUGGGAAAGACAAGUAAUGACAGAAGAACACGAGCGUCUUCACGGCCCACUCGGUGUCCAACCACCUUCCUACUUUGCGACCAAUCAACAGCCAGCACCUCUGACUACCUCUCAACCUCGUGGCUCACCUAAUCAUUCCAUUUCUCGGCGUAUACCGUCACAGCCACCUCCACAGCCACCUCCAUACUGUCCACCAUCAUCCAACACGUCGACAGCCAUCCCACCACCAACACAGGAGGCGCCGCCGCCAUACACAGUGGACGACACCGGGCUGCCACACGACGACGACGACGACACUGUACCCAUUCUACAGCAUCCUGCCUAAUCAGACACAGACACAUUGGUCUGUAAUUAAUUAAUUACAUUAACUGUAAUCCAGUGAUAUCAAUAUGAUUAAGGCUGCGAUGUUGGAUCUAGAGACGGUUGCUGCUGUUGUAACGUGUUUUUAUUGAUAUCUGUUUUUCAAUAUGGAUUUACAUUCUAAUUACAUUAAACGA